GGCCAGUAUUUAUCGAAUCUUAUUGUUUUACCAAAAAAUAUAUCUCGUCUACCAAUUACGAUGGAAUAUUUUAUCGAUCAAGAAAAAUACUUUUAUUUAAUUUUGUUGCACAUCUACGCAAUUAUAUGCAUCGGAGCAGUUGCGAUAUUAGCAAUAGGAACUAUGUUUCUUACGUAUCUUCAGUAUAUCUAUGGAAUGUUUAGAAUUGCUAGCUAUCGUAUCGAACAUGCAAUAAACUUCAAUAUUCGACAAAAUAUUACGCAGAAAACUAAAAUUCUGAUGAGCGAAGGCAUAAUUUGUGCUGUCGAUAUUCACCGACGAGCUAUGAAAUUGUCCAAACAUUUGAUGUCUACAAUCGAGGUAACAAUAUUUUGUUUAAUAGCAUUUGGUGUAGUUUGCUUAACCCUAAAUUUGUUUCAAGUAAGUUUUCUGUUUCGUAUUGUAAUGUAUAAAAAUGCAUGCAAAUGCUGCUCCGAAAUUAUAUAUGUACCUGACAUCCCGUUGAUGUUCCUUCAUGUGCACAUUGAUCAUUCUUCUGAUUUCAUCGAUGUACACUUUCCUGCAAGAGCAAGGUGUACCUCUGCGGAACUGAGUGCGGGUCCUUGGUCUUUAGGAUUUUUCAAGAUUUGCUCGAUGUUCCUUGGGGGCUCGAAUGGUUCGGAUAUUGUAUUUGUUCAAAAUCCUACUGAUUCGAUAUGUUGUUCCAUUUACGUAUGGAAGAAUAAAGAAACUUUUUUUGUUUAA